AUGCUCCCCUCGAACUCGAGAUGCGCCGAAGGUGAUGGCGGUGAUGCCUGUCUGGUCCCGGGCUUCCAGAAGCAUCAUGCCUCGACGUCGUGGGCCGCUCUCGCUUUCUCCUCCGUCCCCUUACUGAUGACUUUCGUCGCUGUUGCGAUUGUCGUACACCAUAAAUUGUUUCCUGUCAUUGCUGGUCUGCAGAAUUCGAAGGCGGGGGAGGAACAUUAUCUCCCUUCGAAUGCGCCGGACUUUUUGAGGCAAAGACAUGAGGAGCAGGGGAAGAAGGAUGGGAGGAGGAGGGUUGUUGCGGGCGCGUUUUCGGCGACGAUUGCGUUGGCUGCUGUGCUUGCGGAGUUGAUACUCUGUGAAAUAUCGAACACGCUGAAUGCCUCCGCGAGGUCCCUUGCGCUCAAGGCAACGGUACCAACGCUACUCUUUCUUCUGAUUAUACUUGUACCCUUUCUCGAACUACAAUCGAUUGUCUCUGGGUCCGGGUGGAGUUUUCAAAGGACCGCGAAUGGUAACUUUCCUAGGACGGCUUGGGGUUUGCAACUUAUUGGGUUUACAUUGUGGAUAGCUUGCUUUUGGUGGUUGGGAAAGGGAAUACCCGGAACGUAUAUACACAAGAUGGCCUCUCAGCCAGGAAAGGGACUGAGUGAGGCUUCCUUAGAAAGAGUAGGAGUUAUAGGGAUAUCAUUGAUGGCAUUACUUUCUGGUUUUGCUGCCGUUACAAAUCCAUGGCAGACGUUUGGAAUCAAAACCCGGCCGGUUACGGAAGCAGAUGUCAAUCGAAAACAAGCAGGACUUGAUGCUACGAAUGACAUGCUCGCAUCCAAGAAAAGCCGUCUCCGCGCUCUUCAACGCAAAGCCCAAGAUACACCAGCAGAAGGCUUCAUGACCAAAGUUCUAGGCACUAUCCGCGGCUCCCCGGAAGCCCAAGAAAUCAAAGCCCUAGAACUCGAAAUCAAUGGCUUAACUUCCAUGGCUCUAAGUCUCUCGACCUCUCUCUCAGUCCUACAAAAUCGCCUGGCAUUCAGCCAAAGAGCUUCUUCCCCUCUAGGAAAACUAUUCCUCACACCUGCAUCCUAUGGCUUUUCCAUCUACUGCAUUUACCGCAUCCUCACCACAACAAUUUCCACCAUCCGCCGCGCAUUCUUCCCCUCCGACGCCUCUUUCACAUCUUCCGCUACCGACCCCAUAAACCGCAUCCUCUCCCUACUAGCAAAACACGUCGACCCAACCCUCGACCAACUUGCCUGGUCCCGGCAAAUCUCCUUCCUCCUCUCCGGCGUCAUCCUCCUCGCCUCCUUCAACUCAGUCCUCCAAACCUUCCACAUGAUCACCAAACUCUCCCCCUCCCUCCUCUACCACGCGCAAACCAACCUCGCUCUCAUCAUCGCGCAGAUCAGCGCGACAUAUGUGAUUUCCAGCGCCCUAUUGCUGCGGAGUGAUCUCCCGAGCGAGAUGAAGAGCGUGAUUAGUGAGGCCCUGGGGAGCCCGCUGGAACCGGGGUUCGUGGAACGCUGGUUUGAUGGCUGGUUUAUGGUUGCGAGUUUGGCGACGGCGGUGGGGAUUUGGGUUGGACGGCAGAUGGGGGGCUGGGGGGAGGGGGAGGAGUGGGAGUUGUAUGAUGGGGAUUUGGAGGUGGGGGAGAAGAGGAGUUGA